ACUGUCCGUACAGCACCUCCCAAGCGACAGAAGGAAGCAGUGCAGCGCAGAGUAGCUUGCGACCUCUUCAGCUGACCUAUCCGCCUCUCAUAUGGAUGGUGAGAAGCACUGUGAUUGGACGAGAGCCGGGCUGUCAAGGCGAGCUGGCUAGAGUGCGCCGCUGUGGUGAUCUGUGUAAGGAGGUAGCCGUGGCCGCCCCAGAAGCUUCACUGGGGGCAGGAUGGAUGCGGCUACUCUCACAUAUGAUACUCUCAGGUUUGAGUAUGAAGACUUCCCAGAGACCAAAGAGCCUGUUUGGAUCCUGGGAAAAAAAUACAGUGCAUUAACAGAGAAAGAGGAGAUCCUGUUGGAUGUUACCUCUCGUCUUUGGUUCACAUACAGAAAAAGUUUUCCAGCCAUUGGGGGAACAGGGCCUACAUCUGACACUGGUUGGGGCUGCAUGUUAAGGUGUGGCCAGAUGAUCUUUGCUCAGGCUUUGGUCUGCAAGCACUUAGGCAGAGAUUGGAGGUGGGAGAAAGGGAAGAAACAGACAGACAAUUAUUACAACGUUCUUAAUGCCUUCAUUGACAAAAAAGACAGUUACUAUUCAAUCCAUCAAAUAGCCCAGAUGGGAGUCGGAGAGGGAAAAUCUAUAGGCCAGUGGUAUGGACCAAACACAGUUGCACAAGUACUGAAAAAACUUGCCACUUUUGAUACAUGGAGCUCCUUGGCAGUGCAUAUAGCCAUGGACAAUACUGUCGUGAUGGAAGAGAUACGAAGGCUGUGCAGGCUCAGUUGCCCAUGCCCUGAAGCUUCAGCAUUUCCUGCUAUAGAAUCAGAUGUACUUUCCAAUGGGUAUCCAGGUGGAACUGAAUGUACAGACAGACUACUCCUCUGGAAACCUUUAGUCCUGCUGAUACCUCUCCGCCUUGGCCUCACAGACAUCAAUGAAGCUUAUAUUGAAACAUUGAAACACUGUUUUAUGAUGUCUCAGUCCUUAGGAGUCAUUGGAGGAAAACCUAACAGUGCUCAUUACUUCAUUGGUUAUGUAGGUGAAGAACUAAUUUAUCUUGACCCUCACACUACUCAGCCUGCAGUGGAACCCAUGGACAGUUGCCACAUCCCUGAUGAGAGUUUCCACUGCCAGCAUCCACCCUGCAGAAUGAGCAUUGCUGAGCUUGAUCCAUCUAUUGCAGUUGGCUUCUUCUGCAACACAGAGGAAGAUUUCAAUGACUGGUGCCAGCAAAUAAAGAAGCUGUCACUGAUUAGAGGCGCCCUGCCAAUGUUUGAACUAGUAGAACAUCAGCCAUCACACUUCUCUAGCCCUGAUGUUUUGAAUCUCACUCCAGAUUCUUCUGAUGCAGACAGACUGGAAAGAUUCUUUGAUUCAGAGGAUGAAGAUUUUGAAAUCUUAUCUCUCUAAAAGGAAGAAAGAAAAAAAGCUAACUCUGCCAAUUUGUGUUGUGGGGGGAGGGGAGCUCCUUCGAGAGCCUUCAGUUACCAGCUUUCAUAGGUGCUUGUUGACAUCCCUGCCUCCCAUCCACCCCAGCAUUCUGUGCAGCCUUGGAGCAGCGUGGAUUUUCUGCAGUGGGAUCAAGAAACGGGUCAUCAUUAAGGCCUUAAUAGCUUUAGUUAGGCUUUCUUUCAGUGCAAACGUACCUGCAGGAAAGGGAUGCAGCGUUUCCUAGGAGCUGAAGAUUAUUUUUAUGUUAACAGGCCAAAGGCUCAACAAGAAUUUUAAAAAGCCCUUCUAGGUGCUUGAUUCUUAAAGUUCUGUCAGGGAGGAGAACUUAACUGUCUUUGCUUCUGUCUCCCUUUUUGUAGUGUGAAGUGGAAACCAGCAUAAAUUAAUGCAGAUAGCAUUCUCCCUAGCCUUGAAGAACAUAUUUGAUGUUACUUGAGGAUGUGAACUCUCAAGAUGGAAUACUUGUGCUUCAGUUUAUGUUUAUCUCCAAUAUAAGUGCUUCCAAGCAGACAUAUUACUGGUUUAAGUUCCAAAAAUGUUCUUUACUCUGGUGGUGCCCUAGAAAUUGCAGAACCUCAUCAUGCAUAACAAAUGCUACAGUAAGGCAUAACCAGUAUAUAGAGAGGGCUUAGACAAGUGCUUAUUCAACACAAAAGGCCAUUUGCAGAACCUGCAAAAGAACUGACAAGUUAACAAGGGCAUGGCUUCAUUAAAUAUGACCUUUAUUUGUCAGGUAUUUUUCUAUUUCGUAUUAAAUAUAUGGUGGCUGCUAUUUAAUAAAACAAUUGUGGUGAUGGUGGAAACAUCCACCAGCUCACUUGAAUAUGAAGUACCUCUGAUUCCUCCUUUUUGAUUGUUUCCUAUAGUUAUAGUCUGAUCAUGAAAUCUGGAGAGGGAUAUAAAGCGAGUUUUGCUUUAGUACCAAAACUUAUUUUUGCAGUUGUUCCCUCCCCCUGCUGCUGCCACCACCACUUUCCCCUCUUGGAACGUUACACAAGGCCAUGUUUGCAUGGUGAUACUCAGUUAUGUUGUGAUUCUUAAUUUGAGGUUCUAGAGAAAUGACAUAUUCUGGCUUACCUAGGCUGGAAUUAUUGGCUGCUAUACUCUUAAAAAAGCAGGAGAGCUCUGUUUAGAAGAGAUAGGGAUGGUUAGAGAGAACCCAUCACUCCCAAAUGUUAGCUACCUUUCUGCAAUUUACUUAGCUCCUGCAGGUGGCAGGUACAUUUACAAAUCAUUUCUGCCUGCAUUUAUCAGCAGCACAAUCAGCCUAAAGAUGGUAAUAUAACCAUAAAGUAACUGCAUACAGGAGUAGCUCACCUGCUGUUAGCAGAUAGGUCUGGUUAUCCCUUAAGCUGCCAGAAAGCAGAGGUCCAAACCAUGAUGCUUAUCUGUAAUUGUUAUAACUUGCUAUUUUUCUCUUGCUGUUUCUCCUCCUGAUCAUAGCCUUUUGGAGAGAGAAAAGGGAGAGGAAGUGUGGGGCUGUGCUCCAUUUAUCAACUGCUUUCAAUUUGUAUCAGAAUAAACAAAAAUGAAGCAUU